AUGGACGAGAACAAGGGAUGGUUAACAAUGCAAGAUGGCCGUCGUGUGCAAGUUGAGUACGCAAAAAGUGAUCCGGCCACCGCUGGGCGACGUUCGGAUCACGACUGGACAUGCGCUAAUUGCUCGGUUCAAAAUUUCUACAAACGUGAAAUGUGUUUCAAGUGCGACACUGAUAGAGCAGCGUCUGCGAAGCUUGAGAGACAAGGCCUACAUAUGGUCGGAGUUGCGCCUUGUGAUACACUUCUAAUUAGAUCAUUGCCUGACGGAUGCACCACGGCGGUGCUAUUUGAAAGUCUCAGUCAGUACACGGCCCUCACAUCGAUUGUACAACUUCAGCUCUCCGAUUCAAAGCAAUACGCAUAUAUACAGAUGAAGAGUAGUGAUGAAGCGACACUGUUGUUGAAUUCGUCGUACAAAACUCCAAUUAAAAUAGCAGGAAAAGAUGUUGUGGUGACAUUCUGUCGCCAUUCAAUGACACAUCUCAUAAAGCAACAAAUUAGUAUGCUGCAAAGUCGACAACCUCCUCCUCCAGCGAAUUCAGCAAUUGGAUUGAAUCCAAAUGCUCAUGGUGCUGAAGUAGCUCAAGCAGCCAUGGCAGCAUUACGGCAGUCUCAGGGACAUGGGAAUAUGCAGCUUAAUAUCGCUGUACCACCGCAACAUCUGAUCGCCUUGCAGCAACAGCAGCAACAACAACAAGCAGCCCUGUUGGGACCGCAAGCGCAGCUCACUUUACAACAAGUGGCUCAACAAGCAGCAGCAGUCGCAGCGGCAGCGGCACCAUUUGUAUCACAAGCACCUGUGAAUGGGAUUAUUGGUAUGACGCCGACGCCUCGAGGAGUGUUCUCCAAAUAUGUGACGCCCAAUCCGGCAACGUUUUGUUUUGAUCAAACAGCUGGUUAUUUUGUUGAUCCUGAGACGAAGUUCUACUAUGAUCAAAAGACUGGUUACUAUUACAACAACGAAACGCGGAAGUGGUGCACAUGGGAUGCUACCUACAGCACCUAUUUCCCGAUAGAAGAGCCUCCGGCUGAAAGUAGCUCAACUGCGAGCACAAGUGCUCAACCUGCUAGCGCCCAACCUGCUGAAGCUGCUCCGCCAGCGGAGGAGAAAAAAGAGGAAAAACAAGAUGAUGCGCCGAAAAGCGCGAAAGACAUCGCCAAAGAAAUGAUGAAAUGGGCAAAAAAGCAAGAAAAGCAGAGUAAAGUCCAGAUGUCCCUGAAGCCAUUAGUUAAGCCGUUAGAGACUAAAAGUGCAUUUGAGAGAGGUCAAACUGGUGCAGCUAAUAUUGUACAUAAAAUGCUGGAGAAGAGUAAGGAAUCUCUUAAGUUGUCCAACGUGAGCGACUCAGACGAAGAAGAAGAUGGCUCUGGAGAUGAGAAGAAGCCAAUUGAAGCUGCUGAAGGUGAGCUUAUUGAAGAAGAACGUACAGAAACUCCAGAAGCUCCGGUUCCACCCCGCCGUCAUCUGCCAACAGCGCAAGAGCAUAGGGAAAUGAUGGAACGUGCGUUGGUAGACGAGCCAAAGAAGAUGUGCCUUCUCUGCAAACGAGCAUUUCCUAGUGUUGAUGUUUUGAGGAAACAUAUAGAGAAAAGCGAUUUGCAUAAGAAGAAUCUUGAGGAAAAACGGGUUGAGUGGGGCCGUCAGUAUGUGGCAGCCAUGAUGGAAAGGGAUGAUGAAGAAGCGAAGGCUCUCGCAGCUGCUGCACUUCCCGAAAUAGAACAGAAACCCGUUUACAGAGACCGAGCAAAGGAACGGCGCCAGCAAUUUGGUCUCGAUCCUGGAGGUAAGUUCGGUCUUACACGUGAAGUGGAGGACCAUCGCGAGGAGUAUACUGGGCGGAGUGAAGAAGCGCUAAGGAAGCAAUCUGAGAUGGCGUCUAUGCGACCGUUGGGCAGUGAUAACAUUGGGAGCCGACUACUGAAGACGAUGGGUUGGCGGGAAGGCCAAGGUGUCGGCCGAAAUGGACAAGGGAUAGUGGCUCCAAUUGAGACGCAGAGACGAGUUGAAGGAGCGGGUCUUGGAUCAGCGGGGUCACGAGUGAUGCACGGUGCCGAAGCUACGCAUCAAGAACGAGUCCGUGCGACGUUCUACAGCAGAUAUAGGGAUAUGAAUUGA